AUGGAUCCGACGAGCCUCCAGGCUCGUGGCCAGCAAAAUCUGCGCCAGCAGGCCACGGCCGCGCCCCGUCGCUAUGAUGGCCAGAACGGCAAUCCGCUCUACGACCCCGGCAACGGCGGCCACUAUGGUGCUUCCGCAGCUAUUGCCGCACAAGGGCAUGCGCCAGAUCCGCAGUUGUUCACGGGCGCGUGGCAGAACGUGAAUCAAGGGCUCAAUGGGUCCUAUCGCGACAUCCUCAACACGUACUGGCAACAGCAAGUCACGAAGCUGGAGACCGACGAACAUGACUACAAGCUCCACCAGCUGCCAUUGGCGCGUAUCAAGAAGGUUAUGAAAGCCGACCCUGAAGUCAAGAUGAUUUCAGCAGAAGCGCCCAUUCUCUUCGCCAAGGGCUGCGACAUAUUCAUCACGGAGCUUACGAUGCGUGCGUGGAUACAUGCCGAGGAGAACAAGCGCCGCACGCUUCAGCGGUCGGACAUCGCGAGCGCAUUGAGCAAGUCGGACAUGUUCGACUUCUUGAUCGACAUUGUGCCGCGUGAAGAAGCACUUCCACACAAGCGCAGUGGCGGACAGAGCAGCACUGCCGUCCAAGCUGCUGGCACGGUUCCUGCCGGCGCACUCGCCCAGCAAGGCGUACAUCCUCAUCAACAGAUGGCGCCUCCAGACUACGGCAUCACACAACACAUGGCGCCGCAAGAAGACUUCCGUCAGCCCGGCAUGUAUGCAGGACCGGUUCAAGGCGAUCCGAACGCGUACGGGCAGCAGCAAAUGUUUGACCCAUCUUAUGGCGUGUACAAUCCAAUGGCACAGCAACCGCAAAUGUAUCCGGUACCCCAACGGGGAGCAGACCCAACCGGCGCCGGGGACCCCAACCAGGGCUACCGGCCACAUGAUGCAGAAGGCGAUGCUGAUGCCGAGGGUGAAAGAGAAGACUUUGGACCAUAA